UAGCAACGAGAUUUAGCUCCAGAAGGAGAAGUAGUUUCGUCAGCUAACCUCGUCGUUUUUCUCCGUUUUUGUUUCAAUUCGCUGGAGAACACAGACUUGAGGAGUUGACGAAGACAACGGAGUUGUAACACCACCUAGGGUUUGGAUUCGCGGCGACAAAAUGAGAUUCAAAACUUCUCUGCUGAAGGAGCCGAAGCAUACAGAAUUGGUCAGCUGUGUGGGCUGGACCACAGCUGAUGAACUAUACUCCUGCAGUGAAGACCAUCAGAUAUUAAAAUGGAAUCUGCUUACAAAUGAGACCGUUGUGGUGGUGAAACUCCAGGACGACAUCUACCCCAUUGACCUGCACUGGUUUCCCAAGACUGUCGGUGGGAAGAAGCAAGCUGCCGCAGAAAUCUUUGCACUCACCAGCACUGAUGGUAAGUUCCAUUUGGUCUCUAAAAUGGGGCGCAUUGAAAAGAGCGUGGAAGCCCAUCGCGGAGCUGUGCUGGCGGGCCGCUGGAACUAUGAUGGAACUGCUCUCAUCACAGCUGGCGAGGAUGGACAAAUCAAGAUCUGGUCUAAAAGUGGGAUGUUGAGGUCCACUUUGGCCCAACAAGGAUCUCCAGUGUACUCUGUAGCUUGGGGUCCAGACUCCGACAGGAUACUUUAUACAUUUGGUCGCCAGCUCAUCAUCAAACCGCUGCAGCCCAGCUCCAAAGUUUUGCAGUGGAAAGCUCAUGAUGGCAUUAUUCUCAAGGUGGACUGGAAUUCCAUGAAUGACUUGAUUUUGUCUGGAGGUGAAGAUUGUAAAUACAAGGUGUGGGACAGUUAUGGACGGUUGCUCUACUCCUCCUCCUCUAAUGACUACCCCAUCACCUCUGUGGCCUGGGCGCCUGAUGGUGAAGUUUUUGCCAUGGGCUCCUUCAACACCCUCCGACUGUGUGACAAGACAGGGUGGUCAUAUGCUCUAGAGAAACCAAACACAGGCAGCGUGUUCAGUCUGGCCUGGUCUGCUGAUGGCACCCAGCUGGCAGGGGCAUGUGGGAAUGGACAGGUCAUCUUUGCUCACAUUGUGGAGCAGCGUUGGGAGUGGAGGAACUUUGAGGUCACUCUUACCAAGAGACGCGCUAUGCAGGUAAGGAAUGUGCUGAACGAUGCUGUGGACAUCCUGGAUUUCAGGGAUCGGGUCAUUAAAGCAUCACUGGCUCAUGGUCAUCUGGUAGUGGCCACCUCUCUCCAGUGCUCUGUUUACAGCACUAAAAACUGGAACACACCGCUGAUCUUUGACCUGAGAGAAGGCACGGUCAGUCUGAUCCUCCAGGCUGAGAGGCAUUUUCUAUUGGUGGACGGAGGAGGCAUCUACGUGUACUCAUAUGAGGGGCGUCUGGUGUCCACUCCCAAGUUUCCUGGCAUGAGGACAGACAUCCUGAACGCACAGUCCGUCUCACUAAGCAAUGAUACCAUCGCAAUACGGGACAAGACUGAUGAGAAAGUUGUCUGUCUGUUUGAUGCUCAAACGGGAAAAGCCUUUGGUGAUGGAAAGCCUUUAACACAUAAGAUGGAAGUGAUGGAAAUCGCUCUUGACCAGUGCGGGCCCUCUAGUGACAGGAAGAUCGCCUUGAUUGACAAGAACCGCGACCUUUACCUGACCUCUGUGCGCAGGCUGGGCCGAGAACACAGCAUGCACAAGAUCGGCACUAUGGUUCACACUAUGGCCUGGAAUGACUCAGCCAACAUCCUGUGUGGAAUCCAAGACAACCAGUUCGCUGUGUGGUAUUAUCCCAGUGCUGUGUGUGUAGACAAGGAUCUGCUUCCAAAAACACUUUUCACCAAAGAUGGCAGCGAGUUCAGCCGCACACCACACAUCCUGAACUAUGUGGGCACGCAGGUGACUGUGAGGCGGGCUGACGGCUCUUUGGUCUACAGCAGUGUGUCUUCUUACCCCACUCUACUGCACGAAUACACAGGCAGCGCCCGCUGGGAGGACGCCCUCCGCCUCUGCCGCUUUGCCAAGGAUCAGACGCUGUGGGCGUGUCUAGCCGGCAUGGCCUUGGCUAACAGAGAGCUGACCACAGCAGAGGUGGCCUAUGCAGCCAUCAGAGAGGUGGACAAGGUGCAAUAUAUAAACUUCAUUAAGGAAUUGCCCUCUAAAGAAUCCUCUCUGGCCCACAUGCUGCUCUUCAGUGGACAUGUGCAAGAGGCUGAAGCAACACUCCUACAGGCAGGCCUCAUAUACCAGGCCAUUCAGAUCCACAUUAACCUCUACAACUGGGACAGAGCACUGGAACUGGCAGUAAAGCACAAAACCCAUGUGGACACCGUCCUUGCUCACAGACAGAGGUUUUUGCAAGACUUUGGCAAAAAAGAGACCAACAAAAGAUUCCUGCAGUACUCUGAAGGGGUGGAGGUGGACUGGGAGAAGAUCCAGGCCAAGAUUGAGAUGGAACUAGCCAAAGAGAGAGAGCGAGCAGCGAACCCGUCCGUCAGGAGCAGUAUGGCCUCGCACCGCUGAACACAUUUGCCAGCGUCCCUCGCAGCUGAUCUGAGACCAAAAUCCUGGCACUGCAGUAAAUAGAACCUGACUCACCUGACUUGAGUACCUAGCUAAUUCAGCUGCCUGCACCAUCUAUGUCCACCAAGAGAAUGUAAAUAUUAACGGAAUAUUCCAAUGCUUUUCUGAUUAAUCUGUAUGUGCUGCAUCUGUAGCACAUUAUCAAUUUUUUUAGAGAUGUUCAUGUACCUGAACAGAAACCCUGUUAACUGAAAAUAUGCACACAAUAGGCCAAUGGGCAGAUGGUGAAGCAAGCAGCAGUCAUCUAUGCGAUAUAGAUGCCGCAGAUUCAAUUACAGUACUGUGCAAAAGUUAAGACACCACGCUUCGUUUGUUUAAUUUCCAAUAAAAACGGUCAAUACGUUA